AUGGAGCGCAACCCCGCCGAGAACGAUGAGGUGGUUUCUCAGUUCUGUGCAAUGACAGGCACACGUCCUGCAGAGGCACAAGAGUACCUGGCAGCCAACGGGUGGGAUAUUGAGGCAGCGGUGACAGAAUUCUUCGCGGAACAAGACGAAGCCAUGCAAGACGCGAACACAGUCGGGGGUCGGUCUCUUGGAGGCGCAGAUUCAGCUGUAUCAGCAGGUCGGUCACUAGGCGGCAGCUCUUCCCAGUCUGGAACUGCUACACCGCAGCAGUCUUCCUCAUCGCGCAAACCCACCUCUAAGAAGAGAUUCGCAACGCUCGGAGAUUUUGCAUCUGGAGGCGGCGAUUCGGCCGAUGAAGAUGAGACAGAGAAUCAAGAUUUCUUUGCUGGUGGUGAGAAGUCAGGACUGGCUGUACAAAACCCGGAUGACCUCAAAAGAAAGAUAAUCGAGAAAGCCAGAAAGACUCAACUGCCGUCUUCUGACGAACCCCAAACCAGACAAUCUUACUUUACCGGCACUGCACGCACCCUUGGCGGCGACGACACCCCCAGCCGGGUCAUAGAAAGCCCGAGUGCGCCUACACUACAAAGACCCCAGCGAGUACACAGAACGCUUCACUUCUGGGCGGAUGGAUUCUCUGUCGAUGACGGCGAUCUCUUCCGCUCAGAUGACCCACGAAAUGCGGAAAUUCUUGACGGCAUCCGACAGGGCCGUGCCCCGCUAUCGAUCAUGAAUGUACAACAAGGUCAAGAAGUCGACGUCGAAAUCAAGCAGCACGAGGAGAAAUAUGUCAAGCCUAAGCCAAAAUACAAGCCUUUCUCCGGGACAGGACAACGACUCGGCAGCCCGACUCCAGCCAUUAGAAGCCAAGCCCCUUCUGAUGCUCCCACUACUAGUCAGCCAAGCGCAGAGCCAGUCAAACCUGACGUGGAUGAGUCGCAGCCGAUCGUGACACUACAAAUCCGACUUGGAGAUGGAACUCGUCUAACUUCUCGAUUCAAUACCUCUCAUACCAUUGGCGACGUGUAUCAGUUCGUUUCCGCCGCCAGCCCAUCCAGCCAGAGCCGCCCCUGGGUGUUGAUGACCACGUUCCCGAAUAAGGAGCUUACAGACAAGUCUGCUGUCCUUGGUGAUCUAGCUGAGUUCAAGCGAGGUGGUGUGGUCGUACAGAAGUGGCAGUAA